AUGCAAGAUUAUAGUCAUCGGUCUCGGUCUCGGUCACCACAUCGUCAUGAGAGAAGACAUCCGCCGUCACAUCGAUCUCGCUCCUCUUCCCACCACAGUAGACUUCUGCCGUUUGGAGCACGAGAGCUAUCCCGCCACGAUCUCGAAGUGUACCGGCCCAUGUUCGCCCUCUACCUGGACAUACAGAAACGAUUGGACAUCGAGAGCCUAGACGAGGACGAAGUGAAAGGCAGGUGGAAAAGCUUUGUGGGGAAAUGGAAUCGUGGAGAACUAGCGGAGGGUUGGUACGAUCCCCACACCCUCGAGAAAGCGAAGGCCUCUGUUUCGAAUGACGACGCCCAUGGGAACGGUGGCGGCCGCACGGACGAAGACGGCGCCGAGUACGGGCCUGCCCUUCCAAGACCAUUGGGGACAUCCAAAGACACCGGACACAACGCCUCCCGCGGCCACUCAGCCACCAUCCCCUCGAUGCCAGACCUCCGGGCGCGCGACGAACAGGCCGAGGAAGAUGCCGCUCUGGCUCGAGACAGAUACCGAGAAGACCUCCGUCACCAACGGACUCUGGAACGCAAGUGGCAGAAAGAACGACUGGACGAGAUAUCGCCGCGAGCCGAGGCUGGCACGCGCGAGCGACAACUAGAAAAAAAGAAGGAAAAAGCCGAAUCGAACCGGGCGUUUGCCGCAUCUAAAGACGCCGGCGAUGUGGUCCUGCGAGACGCCGACAUCAUGGGUGACGAAGACAGUCUGGGCGAGCUCAAGCGGAUGCAGAAGGAAAACGAGAAACGGAAGAAUGAGCGAGAGAUCCGAAAGGAAGAACUUCUACGUGCGAGGCGGGCCGAAAGGGAAGCACGCCUCGCUGGUCUGAAAGAGAAAGAAGACCGCACGAUGGCAAUGUUCAAGGAAAUAGCAAGAGCGAGAUUUGGGGGAGGAACAGAAUAA